AUGAAGUGUUAUCUACCAUUGAAUGUCAUAUUGAAACAAUUGAUGCAAAAUCUCAAGCUGUGCCAGGAGCUCUACAAAGGGACAACGCAAUUUCAGCUAGAAAAACACACUCAGAAGCAAUAUCAGUUGACAUUCUGCCUCUCA